UCAUGCUUGGCUAUACUUUUACAAGGAUAUUCGUUAUAUUGUUGAUUUAUGUUUUUACUUUGAUGGCUACAAAUUUGGUUUAUUCAAUGGAAAAUGAAGUUCGAUGCGGUUCUGUCGAUAUUAGAAAUGAUCCAAGAAAUGCUUUUCAUCAACCUCGUAGAAAUAUGAAAACAGAUGAGGAUGGAAAAGAGAGGAAAUUGAAAUAUAGAGAAUGCACAAUUUUAGAAGGGGAUUUUACUAUUUCUAUGAUUACAAGAAGCAAUCUUACUGAUGAUCUGUUCCCAGUUUUUGAAAAUUUGCGUGAAAUAACUGGCUCAAUUUUGGUUUUUCAAAUACGUGGAUUAACCAGCCUUGGACGUAUUUUCCCAAAUCUUCGAGUAAUUGGUGGUCAUUCAUUAAUUAUGAAUUAUGCUCUUGUUGUAUAUCAAAAUUAUGAUUUGAGGGAUAUUGGUUUAACAAAACUCGUUGCAAUAAAAAAUGGUGGUGUUAGAAUAACUGAAAACCCUCGCUUGUGUUAUACUCGAAGCAUUUCUUGGAAACAAAUAUUAAUUGGAAAUAUACGCGAUUUAAUUAUUGAUCAAGUUGCUGGUCAUUGCAAAAAUGAUUGUCCAACAAGUGAAAAUGAUCCACAUUGUUUUAGAGAUCCGUUUACUUCUAAUAUGGCUUGUUGGAAUAAUACACACUGUCAGAAAAUUUGCAUAAACAAUCAAAAGACUCUUUCUGGUUGUACAAUAAACGAUGAACUUUGUCAUGAAGAAUGUAUUGGUGGAUGUACUAGACCAAAUGAUACUUUUGCAUGUUUUUCUUGCCGUCAUUUAGAUUUGAAUGGUCAAUGUGUUUCUAAAUGUCCUGAUCAUUUAUAUGAGCAACUUGGUCGUCGUUGUUUAACAAAAUAUGAAUGUGAAGCUUUAUAUCCAGUAACAUCAUAUCCUAGUGCUGAUGAAAAAUCUGUAUGGAAAGCAUUUAAAAAACAUUGUAGUUAUGAAUGUCCUAAUGGUUAUAGAGAAGAUCCAUCAAAUUCCCAUUCUUGUAUUGAAUGUAUCAACUUUUGUCCAAAAAAAUGUCCUGGAGAUACUGUUGAUUCAAUUAGCUCUGCACUCAAAUUUUCAAAAUGUAAUAUGAUCGAAGGAAAUUUAGAAAUUGAUAUGAGAAUUGGAAUUGAAUCUACUAGUGCAGAAAAAUUUACUGAAGCAUUUGGUGAAAUUGAAGAAAUUACUGGUUACCUUCUAAUUCGUUUUUCUUCUGCAUUUAUGUCACUUCAUAUGUUUAAAAAACUUCGACGAAUUCAUGGACAACAAUUAUGGAAAAAUUUGUACGCUUUAGUUGUUUUUGAAAAUCAAAAUUUGCGACAAUUAUUUAAUGUUGAUGACGAACAUAAAAUUGAAAUAUUGAGAGGAAAAAUAAGCUUUCAAAAUAAUAGAAUGUUGUGUUAUGAUAAGAUUAAAAACUUUAUUGAACAUUUGGGAAUGAAAGUAUGUACUGAAUUUGGAGAUGAAAACAACAAAGCUAAAUGUGUUGGUGAAAGUGAUGUUUCCCCGUUUAGCAAUGGAGAUAAAGCUAUUUGUGAUGAAAUUCCUUUAGAAGUAAAAAUUGUUUCUGUUUAUUCCUAUGGAUUUGUGAUUACUUGGACACCUUUUAAUACAACUGAUAUGGAUCAUAGGAAAUUUUUGGGAUAUAUGAUAUUCUACAAAAAAGUUGACAAAAUUAAUUUAAAUAUGACAAUUGAUGAUGAUCGUUCAGCUUGUUCAGAUUCUUGGAGUAUGUAUUUUGUAACUGAUGGAAGUGAUUCAACAAAGGAAGAUAUUUCUGGGGAAGAUGCUGGAACAAGUUCGCCUAAAGGAGAAUUAAUAAAUCAAGGAGUUGAAGCAAAUACACUUUAUGCUGUUUAUGUACAAACACGUGUAGUUAAUCAUCCGGGUGCAAAGAAUGCAAUAUCUCCAAUUCUUUAUGUUAAAACUCUAUUUGGUGUCCCUGAUCCUCCACGAAUGCGAGCUUCAAUAGCGUUAAGUCCAAAUUCUAUCAAGUUAAACUGGGAUCCACCUUUGGAAGCUUAUGUCAAUACAAUUGUUUCAUCAAAAAAUAUUCCAUCAAAUAUAUUUCCUCCAUUUAUUACAAAAGAUAACAACAACAAAGAUACUUGUUCAGCAAAAGAAGGAUGUUGUAAAUGUAGUAGUAAUAAUAAUGGAGCAAGUGAUUAUUCUGGAGAAUUAAAUUCUAAUAAAAAGAAAAAAGAUUCAAAUGAUUUGGAUGCUGCACGUAAAGAUAGCAAUAGUUUUGAAGGUUUUUUUUUAAUUUUUCUGAAAAAUAAAUAGUUGAAUCCGGGUCUUUUUUUCCAGCACUGCCUCUUUUAACAAGUGAACCAUCCAAACAAAAUUUCCCCUAAACGUUGCAGCCCUAAAAUUUUUUUUUAUUUUUAUAUCGAUAGUUGAAAAAGUAAUUUGAUAAAGCUCUUUCUUUUGGUAAGCAUAAGGUUUUGACAUAUUUUUUGGUUGAUUCCUUUUUAAGACUUGUGGAAAGCAUUCAGAAUUCUGAUUUUUUUUUAAUUCUUGGAGUUAUGGAUUUAGACAGUCGUUUUUCUGGGAUGGGGUUAUUACUUAAAAAUUAUUUUUUCUUUAAAAAUUCUUUCAAGUCAGGGCUCUUAGCAAAACAUCUAAGUAAGAGCGCUGUU